AUGGCGCUUCCUCCAGAAAAGAUCAGCGUCAAACGACGACGCGAAGAGCCUGCUAUCGAAACGUUCUAUCUCCAAGAUCAUGAUACUCAUAGAGCCAAGAAGUCACGGACUGAUGGCGCCACAUCCGGAUUCCAGUUUAGACUCAUACGCGACGGAACACUGCUGCCCAGAUCUCGUCAGCAGCCUGAUAAGACGCAAGAACCUCGUGUCAAUGGCUCAGCUGUAUCUGAUUCUUCCAACGGCAUUCCAACGGUACGAGCCACGGCGCCGGGCGACGAAAUCGCCGAUUUUGUCAAGUUCAAGAAACAGCAUGAAGCAGCCUCUGGUGUAGGAGAAGCGACUGGACAAGGACGACUAGUUGAGAAAGACCCUGUGAGGUUGCCACCGGCCAUUGCGUCUAAUGCUCGUCGGUUUCAUCUCACGCGUAACAUAUCCUCAUCAUACGACGCUUCAACGAUAGCUUCUCCACGAUUUGCAGGUCGAAGCAAUGGUGUUCGUCCUCCUCUACCUACUUUUGUUGAGAGACAACAGUCGAGAGACUCGAAGCAGAUCCAUACCGCUGUCGAUCAGGCCACAGACAAUGCCGCAAGAAGUACCGGGCAUGGAGUUUCUGAGAGCCAUGCUAGUCAACUUUCCGAUACUGCAAAGAUCGGCAACUCAAUCAGUGAUCCUCCUGGGACUUGGAAUCACGAUUCCGAUCAGCUGGCGGACGAGCUCGCUGCCCUAGCUAUGGCUAUGGACCCGGACCACGAAGAUUCGCGAGAUGAGCCCAAGCCUGAGCCAAUCCCAGCACCAGCUAGCAGUAUGCAGAAACCUCGGCACGAGGAAGAAUUCAUCUAUGAGACGUAUGAACGCAUGCCAUAUGACUCGACAGACGACACUACCAUGAUCGAUGCACCAGAUCUCAAUGUUGGCGUUCUGGUCAUUGGAGAGGAGGACGAGGACCUGUGGCAAGAAUACAUGGAGAACGAUGAUGACGAAGAAGAUUGGGACGAAGAGGAUUCGAAUGCUGAGGAUAACCCUGCUAACGAUUACCCGGACGAGGAGGUUUCGUCUGAUGACGAGUAUGACCGAGAUGCCUACCGAUACUAUAGAGACUAUGAUGACGACUAUGUCUCUGACGAGGAAUAA